UCUACAUGCGUGAUAUUUUCAAAAGUUGUAAAUAAAUCUGGACGGAGCCUUUGUUAUUCGGAUAACAAAUAUUUGAUGGUGCCUGAAUGUGCGAUUGUGGGUCACUUUGUUUAUUUAUAUUGAAAGUGCUUUCACGAUAGAAGUAUACCAGGGAAAACGAAUGAGUUAAUAUAUACUCAGUUGCAACGAUACAAUGGGAAAAUUCAAACGACCAAACAUGCCAGAGGGAGAUUCAAAUGAAUCUAAUGGGAAUCGAAAGGAUAGUUUCUUCGUGAAACCUAAAAUAACCGGGGAGAAUAAGUCUCGUGUGGUUAUGCAGAAGAACAAGAGUGAGGGAACUAAUUCUACAAAUAGAAAGCAAUUUUUUGAAGAUUCUCAAGAGGAAACAAGCAAAAGACCAUUUGAUAAAAAGCAAUGGAGACUUAAGAAAUAUAGCAAUAAGUACAAGGUGGAUAAAUGGAAAGAAACAAGGAAAAAGGAAAUAUUAAAUCAGUACCAUAAGGUUGCAAAAAAAAUUGAUAAUAAAGGAUUGGACAUACAGAAAAUUUAUGAACGUUAUGACAAAGAAGAUUCUGAUUUAGAUGAGAUGAACCCUGUGAAUAGUUUCACAGUAAAAACAUCGCAACCAGAAACUGCUCCACAUGAUGAAGGAAUUUCUGAGAAACCUAAGUCCCCUAAAAAACUUGGAAAAACAAGUAGAAAGACUAAAUUGCAAGAAAUUGAAGAAGAAAAAGAGAGGAGAAGACAGGAGUAUCUUAAAAAACAAGCAGAAAGGGAAGAAGCUUUGAAACUAAUGAGGAAGAAGAAAGCGGAGAGAUAUAGGAGGUUGAAUAAAAGAACUAAGAAAGGACAGCCAAUAAUGAAGGACCGAAUGGAAAUGUUAUAUGAACAGGUCCAAAGAGUUUGUCAAGAAACUGAAUAGAGUAUAACUCCAUCAUACAUAUUCUGUCAGAUCUACCUAGUUUUUUGCAUUCGAUUAAAAACCCUGGUGGCUCAAUACUUAAUUAAAUAAAUACUCGAGUAGAAAAAAAGCAGGAAGAGAAGC